AUGGUACAAUGUCUGAGUGAAGUUUACCCAGCGAUAGAGAGGUGCCCCCAGGACAGCGUUUUACUAGCUACCUCCGGAGGUGUUGUGGUAUGUGCGGUAUCUAAAGAAUGUGCUGAGCAGGCCCUCGGAUUCCUGCCUUCCGGCAUUUCCGCGCUGGGAUCUAUUCAAGAUAUCGGUGAUGAUAUCGAAUAUGUAAAGGAUGAUAUCCCACUGAUACGAAUUGUAGGUUCAGUCGAUAUCUUGGUCAAUAAAAGAGAUGGAGUGUAUCACCCUGCUUCAAUUGAGAAAGCUAGUUCACUAAAACAUGACAAAAGACAGGUUCUACAAGAUGCUGUUCUGUUGAGCAACAACACUGUCCUAACUGCUGAUAAAGCUGUACCUCCAGCGCAGUCUAACUAUCAGCUCGCACUUGACAUCUCAUCUCAGGAGGGAAGAGCCCCUGUGAUUCUGUCAGAUAGCGACUGUUACAAGACAAGUGUUGAUAUCGAUGUUAUCAUGAUACCAGACAGUGAUAUUAGCGCUAGAGAAUGUAUUCUCCAACAAUUCGAUAAACUUAUCCUAGAUGUCAAAAGGAAUGCUCUGCAUUUCCAACCACCGGGUUUUGGGGCCCCCCUCACAUUCCUUGAUUCCCACAGUAAAGAUGCAACUUCUGAAUUACACCGGGUAUUUAACAUGCCUGCUGUCAGCCAUUUUCAUCCAGCUCAAGCUAUAAGAGUGGAGAAGUGUGACGGAGAAGGGAGACUGAUAACACCGCACAAGAAUGUGUCUGGAGUCAAGUCACGUGAUGUUCUCACAGUUUCUGGGGACUACGCUUAUCAUCAUUAUAUGCAGAUUCUAGAACCAGUACCUCCCCUCCCCACCUCCCUCAACCCGGCUGCAGAGAGCGGGCCACAAACUCCCGAACCCACUGAGCCCGUCCUCCCUAGCCGCAGAGCUUUCUCUGAUCUGGCAUUCAACUUGGUAGCAACCAGGGAACUAGCCACCACCACCACCGAAACAGGGUGA